UUUAUAAACGUCAUAAUGAUUUUAAAGACAUACUUAUUUAGUUUUGUUUUGUUAACAGCUGUUGGUCAAAUUUUGGAUGUUUAUCGCAAUGAGAUUAGCGAUGUUAAUAUUUGUAUCAGAAAAUUAAUUGAAUAUAUCAAAGGAGACCAAUCAAUUGAUGUUACCGUAGUAAACACCGACGAAUCACUAUCGAAGGAGCUCCAUAAUAUCAAAGGUUUGGAAAUAUUAUCAAUAUCUUUUCUGUGGGCUCACAAUCCAAUAAAUCAUGACAUUUAUAUAAUUGAGAGUAUAAAUUGCCAUGAGCUUCAGAUUGGCAUCGAACAUUUGAAAGAGGAUAUGUUUUGGAAUCCUAAAGCAACUUUCAUAAUAAGUGUGAAAGAAAUGAACAACGAUUUAGUGUAUUUAUCUAACCUGUUAAAAUUCCACAAUAUUUUUAACGUGACUGUAGUUUUAAAAUUAAAUGACAUGGUUGGAUAUUCCAUUUUCGAUUUUGGAUCUAAAACAGAUGACUGUCAUCGACCAAUUUUACAAAUUUUACAAGAAGUAACAACUUGUUCAAAAUUUGAAAUUGAACCAAUUUAUAAAUUACACAUACCAAAAGAAAUGAAGAAUUGUCGGGUGAAGAUGUUGGGUCGAAAUUAUUGGCCUUUUAUGUGCUUUCCUCCAAAUACUUGCUUGGGUAUUGAUGCAUUUGUGUUGAAACUUUGGAAAGAAAGUAACAACGUCACUGUGGACCUGAAAAAUAUUGGGAGCAGUCACCCAAUUGAUGUCGUAUUCGAUGAAUAUCCUCACUUUUAUCGUAAUCAGACUGUUGUAUACGAAGGACUCAUUGGUGGUGUUGUGUUGAAUUACAACAGAACUUUUAAGAUGGACUUCAGUUACCCUUUCACCAUCGACCAUAACCGAAUCAUUGUAGCUCGUUCCAGUUUCCUUGGCAAGUGGGAAGUCAUCGUUAAGCAGAUGACUCUAUUAGUAGUCCUACUUGUUAUUUUUUUGUAUAUUACAUUUACCAUUCUUUCAACCUAUUUGUCUAUAUUUGAUAAGAAAUCUAAAGAUGUCACAAGGAAUGCUAUUAUAGUUUACGGAUAUUUUCUUACUAAUAUACGUGUGAAAAGGUUGAGUAAGAGGUUUACAGCAAGAAUAGUUAUACUAACAAUGUUAAUAUUUGUGUUUAUGAUUUCGAAUAUUGUUCAAGCAUUCUUACUCAGUGCUAGUACCGAUCCCGUGAGGGCACAUCAAGUUAAGGAUAAAUAUGAAGUUUUUAAGACGCAUACUCCUGUUAUAAACAUUUCUUGGCAGCGUACGUACGACAGGUUUGACUUUGAUUUAGAGGGUGUAAAGAACUGUACGACUCUUUUCAAUUGUGUGAACGAAGUUGUUCGUAACAAACAUGAUAAAUUAUUUACAGUUGUAUCUGAUAUGUUUUUCAGUUUAGCUUCUUAUUAUAUGGUAGAUGGAAAUGGUAUGAUGCAAGUUUAUGAGCUGCCAGAACCAUUAGGAAUGUUGUUUCGUGUAACGUUGUUCAACAGAGGGUCUACUUUGAGAGAACCAUUUGACAACCACAUGGAAAGGAUGAUCAUGGGAGGUAUAUAUGAUAAACAUGUGAAGGAUAUUAUUAAUAAAGCUAGACGAACGUCAAAUAUGAAGGAACUCCCGGCGUACCUACCUACGAAAAUCUAUGAUCUAAAAGAAUCUUUUAUAAUUCUUUUGACUGGAUAUAUAAUAUCCACGUUUGUAUUUUUAUGUGAAUAUUUGACGAAUGUAAAGAAUAAAAAAGAUGAUUGAUUUGUUAGACCACUUAUUAGUAAAAAAAAAAGGUAUACAUUAAGUUAGUUACCAUAUUAUAAAAAUAA